CGCGCAAGUUCAACGCCCCCUCCUCCGUCUCUCCGCACACGACACGCGCGAGCGCCACCGUCGCGAGCUCCCCCUCCCCUCCGGCGAUGUCGGACUCCCCGCCGUCGCUGACCACCAUCAACUCCCUCUCCACCGACCUCGUGGACCUCAUCCUCUCCCUCCUCCCCGUCCCUUCCCUCCUCCGCGCCUCCUCCGUGUGCAAGCUCUGGCGCUCCAUCAUCGUCUCCUCCUCCAAUCGUCCUCGCCCCAGCCCCGAUUCCCCUGCCUCCGCCCCGUGCUGGUUCUUCCUCUACGGCAUCCACAACACCUCCUCCCGCAACAACCAGUCCUUCGCCUUCGACCCGCUCUCCGGCGCCUGGUUCCGCCUCCCCAUCCACACCCACCGCGACGACCCUUCCUUCUCCUUCACCGCCUCCUCCGGCUUCCUCUUCACUACCACCCCGACCUUCUCCUUCACCCGCGUCUUCCGCGACUCCUGGCGCGCCACCUCCCCGCUCCAUUUCUCCCGGAUCAAUCCCCUCCUCGCCGUCUUCGGCGGCGGCGACGGCGACGGCCCCGGCCCCGGGCUGAGAUUCGUGGUGGUCGGGGGCGACGGGUUCAUCGGUAAUCUGGUCGACAUCGAGGACCGGCUGGCGGUCGAGAUUUACGAUCCCCGGUCGGACCGUUGGGACCUCUGCCCUCCCUUGCCCGCCGACUUCCGCCCGGGGAACUCGUCGCAGUCCCUGUCGUCGGCGCUCUUCCGGGGUAGGUUUUAUGUUUUCGGGAUCUAUUCCUGCUUCUUGUCGUGCUUCGACCUGCGCCAUCGGAUCUGGAGCGAUGUGCAGACGCUGAGGCCGCCCGGGGUCCUGUUUUCCUUCUUGAUCGCGUGCCGGGAACGGCUCGUCCUGGCUGGCAUGUGCGUCGGGCCGAGCGGGCCGUCGUUUAACUUGUGGCAGAUCGACGAGACGAGCAUGGAGUUCAGGGAAAUUGCGAUCAUGCCCUCGAAUUUGCUCAAUGGGCUGGUCGAUAGCGAGGAGGAAGAUAAAUUUGCGAGCUUGAAAUGUGUUGGAUCGGGUGAUAUGAUUUACGUGUUUAAUGAGGAGUACCACAAGAAGUACCCUGCUUGUGUCUGUGAGAUUGGUAGUGAUUAUGGCAGGUGUAGCUGGAGGAGGCUACCGGAUUUGCCAUCACCUGUGAAUAAGUUCCACAAGGUCAUCAGCUUUUGUUCUGCCGUUUCUAUUCAUACUGUUCUUCAAGGCGAAGCCGAUGAAGCUGCCUGACUGACUCGUCUCCUGGGUGUGCGUUGUGCCUGGGCUCUCUUUGCCUUUUCCCUAAUGGCAGGUGUAUAAUAAGCAUAUGUGCCAUUAUAUAUCUUUGUAAGCUGAUAUGCUUAUAAUUGUUUUAUUUCGCAUUGUAAGGAUGUCGUCGUGUGAAUCUGUUACACCAGAAAUUCUUUGUGCAUGUUUACCUUCUGUACUAGAAUGUAUUUGAUCUUUCUGAUAGAAUUAAGUAGGAAUAAUGGCUGCGCAGCCUUUCUUUGCAAGUAAACUUCGCUUGCUUCAGUAACUUUUCCCUGUGUAAGCCGUCAUCGUGGAGGUCUCGUAACUGAUAUUUGGUCAUUUCAUGAAUGUUACACUGGCAUGCUUGUAUGAGACUUCUCAUAAAUGGAUAGUCAUUUUGUGCA